AUGGGUAGUUUUGCAGGAGAAAAACAAGCUAAGAUACACAUACUAUGCAUACCAUAUCCAGCACAAGGCCAUAUAAGUCCUAUGCUAAAACUAGCCAAACUCCUCCAUUCUAAAGGCAUUCAUAUUACCUUUGUCAACACUGAGUACAACCAUCGUCGUCUACUCCGUGCUAGGGGACCUAACUCCCUUGAAGUUCUUUCUUCGUUUCGAUUCGAGGCCAUCCCUGAUGGUCUACCUCCCUCUGAUGCCGAUGCUACCCAAGACAUCCCUACCCUAUGUCAUGCGGUUAUGAAUUACUUUCUUGAGCCCUUUAAGGAGCUCGUUUCAAGACUUAUUAAUGAUCCUUCCCCGGGUUCUCCACCAGUCACAAUGAUCAUAUUGGAUUGUGUCAUGCCUUUCACUCUUGAUGCUGCACAACAACUUGGUGGUAUCCCGUUGGUGUGGUUGUGGACUGCUAGUGCAAAUGGUUUUUUGGGAUAUUCUCAGUAUGGUACACUUAUCGAUAAGGGAAUCGUGCCCUUUAAAGGUACGAUUUAUAUUACCCCUUUGUUACGGUUUUAUUAG